AUGGGGAGAGAUAAAAUCCUGCAGAAAACCAAUCAGCUUACGAAGUUGGUCGUUCAGGAUCCGGUGAACUUUGAGGACGUUGCCAUCUAUCUGAGCCGCGCAGAGUGGGACACCAUUGCGGAGGAGCAGAGGGAGCUGUACCGCAGCGUCAUGCUGGACAACUACAAUCUCUUGACAUCCCUGGGUUACCCAGGCCCCAAACCUGACAUUUUAUACCGGCUGGAGCGUGGGGAAGAGCCGUGGGUCUGCACACCACAGAGCCCGGUGAGGUGGGAUAGAUCCGACAGCCGCUCUCCAGGACACGACGAGGACAGGAGCCGGGUGGAGGAACCACCCUCAGGCUGGUGGCCUGGUGCUGCCGGGCACCAUGUGCUGGAGGAGAGGACAGAGAGCCCCUGCCAAGGAGGACGGUGCACGCAGUGGCGUCUCCGGUCUAGAAGACUGCUGAACAAGCUCAAGCGUCUCGGGGAUAGGAGCGAGUUGCCGGCAGAGGCGGCCACCACAGGAGCGGAGCCAGUGGAAAGACAAAACCAGGCACGGAAGGUCUUGUGGCCUGGGAAGGAAGGAGAAGUAGAGGAUAAAGAAAGGAUCACGGCAAAUGUAAGCCAAAGCAGAGGAUUCCCACUUCAUCCAGUGACGGAACAGCAGAACAAAAAUGCAAAUCCUCAGGAGUAUCUGCGUGGUGACCACAGGGAGAGGUUUCCAAGGAGUGCCCCAGAAAGUCGGUACACCCUGGGACAAGGGACGUUUUUCCAGGGAAAUUUGGAACUGUCUAUCAAGGAGCUAAAUGAGACUAUUUUGAAGGAUCACCGUUACUGUGUGUUGAGUGAGGCACACCUCUUGUGUUGCACCCCACGUCCGUGUCCUCUGAGAGAUCACGACUACUGCAGAAACCACAAGGAUGGUGUCUCAGCACUUAAGGACCACGAUUACUGUCACGUGCAAAGGAUUCAUUAUCAGGGCGGAGUUAAUAAAAUUGUUCGUCUUACAGGUAAGGCUCGGGCUGUGCUCCACAGGCUGGCAACGCGAAAAUCCCGCAUCAGGCGAAUCAUCAGGAAAGCCAAGCGAAUUAUGUGGCAGUACAAGAGUUGGGUCAACAAGAGGUUGGAGUUCCCUCAGGGUUCCUCUAGCACCGGCUGUCUUUCUGAACCCGCUGUCCUUCCUGAUGAGGCAGAAGACGUUCCUGCUGAGGCAGAAGACGACCCCACGAAGGGAACGUGUGGGGCGUUUUGUUCUCCUGCAAAGCAAGAGGCUGUCCCCCCCGAGUCUCGGAGUGAGGGUGGCUCCCAAGGGACGUCAUCAGAAGCAUUUUGUGCCCCUGUGGUGUCUUCUGAACCGGCGGCUGCAGCCCCACCGUCAAAUGCAGCCGCAGAGGCGCAGAGAGAAGAGACGCACGCUGAGGCGUCCGUACACCACGAGGCGCAGAGGGCACAGCUGAUCCAGAGCCCGGACGCUAAGCAAAAUGUCGAAGGACAUGAAGUCGUUAAUUCAAAUUAUGUAUCGCUGCAUGACGCGUACAAAAUGGUGAUGCGGACUGUUGACCACAUGUUGGACUCCGUCUGCCAGAACUUGGAGCUCGGCAGCUACUCUCAGUGUAAGGAUCUGUGGCCCAUCGUCAUUCAGAUAGACAGCUGA